UUCGUGCGCGAUCAUGAGUGCGAAGCGUGAAAUGAAAAUCAAAGGAAGUCGCAUAUUUUCUCGCAACGCUGCGUUAUGCAAAUCAUAAAAAUCCCCCUGACUAUAGCUGCAACGGUGUUUACCUUAUUCCUACGAUGUGCUCUUUCCUUUGAACUGCAUUCACUGUUUUUACACGUUAGGUUUGACAUGGUCAAUAAAAUGAAUAAACGAUUGCACUCCACUACUCUUCGAGAAAGUGAAUAUAAAUCACUAUUCUCCGGAUUUAAAAGCUUAACAUAAGCAACCGAUAAUCCGUUAAUCACCGACAAAAAACGAUUAUAUCGCUGACCUUUAAAAUAAUUACACCUGGAACGUUGCUUGCAACAUGGUGGUCAACCUAGGAGCGAGAACAAGAAAUUAUUUGAGAUUUAUAAACACUUCUUUGUACGGUUGGCGAGAUGGGAAAAAAGCUUUUAAGAAGAAUUUCAGAAAUUUUAAAACACACUCCUGCCAACAACAACGCCGAACUAAACUUGUCGAAGAUCAGUCAAACGUCGAGUUUAUGGCAGAAGAAGUAAAAAAGUACGAGAUGGGUAAGAGAUGGCUAGCUAAAAUGAUGGGCGUCGAUGUGGAAACGUUUACGGACAAUGAUGUGCAGGAAUCGCUACAGUAUCUUUUGCCCACUAAACUCUUUGCAAAAGAUGCUCGACCAGUCAUGAAGCAUCCUACAGAAUUAUUUCCAGGAAGUAAAAGCAACUUAGAUGAAAAUGAUCGACCUCUUCAUGCUGCAUUUUACACUGGAUCGAUAGCCUUUCAUGAUUUAAUAUAUGACAUAAGUAGACAUAGGAGACCAAGGGAAUCUGCCAGUAACAAAGACUCAGAAGAAGUUGAUGUCAAGUCAGAGGAUGAUCAAGGAUUUGGGGAUGACACUAAGAGUAAAGAUACAAGAAAAAUGAGAUGGUUGACUCAUCUUGAAAUGCAAGCUGUCUUAAAAGAAGAGCUGGCUUUGAAAGAUUAUAACGUUUUAAUUCAUCGACUGAAGAAAUUAACUGACGACAAAAAAUUGGACAAUUCCGAAGAAAUCAACAAGUUCUUGAAAAGAUUCAAAACGCCAGUUGUGGACGAAGCAUCUCAAUUCCAUACGGAAAAGCUUGACGAAGAUGGAAGGGCUCAUGGUCGCGGUUACAGGAAGCGAGCAAUGGCCGAAGUUUGGAUAUCUAAUGGCACGGGUGAAGUCGUCAUCAACGAUGUUCCUAUUAUCGAAUACUUUCCAAAGCAAGAGGACAGAAAUCAAGUUUGGCAUCCGUUCAUCGCCCUUCGGUGUAUGGGAAAAUAUGACGCAGAAUGCAACGUGAUCGGAGGAGGCACGACAGGUCAAGCCGGGGCAAUAAGACUUGCACUCAGCAGAGCCCUCACAAGCAUGACGCAAGAUUACUUCUCACAACUACAAACAGCCGGUCUACUGACCAGAGAUAAACGGCUCGUCGAACGGAAAAAACCCGGUCAGAAGAAGGCAAGAAAGAAAUUCGCUUGGGUAAAGCGAUAACCUUGAUUGCUCAAGAAGGUGUUCCCUUGAAAAGAAUCGCUAAACUGGAUUUGAUUUAUUUCAGGAACCUUUCUCGCUCAUUAGCUAUCGUAAAUUAGUUCGUUUGAUGUUGGUUUGAUGUUUAAUAAAUGACAAUCAAAUGAUAAAA